AUGGCUCAUUUCCACGACGCCCAUAUGUCGUUUCCUCUUCCUUCCUUCCUCCUGGAGCUUUUGGCGGAGCUCGAAAUGACGUUUACUCAGAUUACUCCGAAUUUAUGGCGCUAUGUCCUGGCUACAUACGUCCGAGCCAGAGAGGAAGGUCUAGAAUUCGGCCUGGCGGAGCUGAAACAACUUUAUACCCUAAAGCGGAGUAGUGGCUUCCCGGGAACAAUUCUCCUAGCUCCGCGCGAAGAGUUAUUUGGCUGUGCCAAUAUGACCCCGGAGUUGCGAGAGUUAAUCGCGGCGCUUCGCCGGGGUGAGUGUGAUUGGUCCAGUUUCACUCCGGAGCGGAUUCAAGCCUCUUAUGCUAUGCUUCUGGGCCUUAAUCGCGCUGCUCCUAUCCCGCUCGCGGAGCCAGUUCGUCCCCAAAAAGAUCGCAAGGGGAAAGACACCAAACCUUCGAAGCGAGCUCGUAGAACACCGGAUAAACGGGUACUCCGGUCGAGUUCUCAGGCCCAGUCUUCGAUUAUCGUGGCUACGCCGGUGUCAGUGGUUGCUCCGGUCCAUGGGGACCAACCAGAGUCUCAAGCCCCAGACGAGCCGGGUGCUGGCGGAGAAACAGCUUCUGGAGCUCGCCGACUUUGUCGCCGAGCUAUGGAGGAGGCCCUUUCGAGGGAACUCAGUACAUCGAGCUCGGGACCUCCUUAUGCGAAGCGACACCCGGGUGAAGGCAACUCCUGGAUGGCGUUCUCGUAUGACAGUGAUGCUCAGAUUCUCGAGAACCCUGAACAGCUCGCGUCGAUCUGGCGUAAGAUAAGAACUUCCAAAUGCGAGCUGCCUUCUUUGGAUCAGAUGCGAGGUCGUGAGGCCUACGUUCGGAUGGCCGUUGCGAAUGCUAGGAUAAGGAACGGUUGGCAAACUUCCCGAGUCGAGAAGAGCUCGAAGCCAGCUUACUCUGAUUCAGCAGCUGAGAUCCACGCCUCGCAGGCGAGCGAGCAGCAACGAGUGAAGGAAGUCGAAGACUUGAAGGUGUUGUUGACGGCUAGCGAGGCAGAGAAGGUCGCACUCACGGGGGAUCUUGAUUCAUUAAAGGAGAAGUUCAGAUGUGAGGCCGAGGGUCGAGAGAAAGCAGCUCGAAAGGAGCGACAAGCUGCUUGUCGGUUGAUUGUCAAGGGUUACGAUGCUGCCUUGGAUAACACAAGAGAAACUCUUCGAAGGAGGAAGGAGGAGAGCGCUGCGGAGAUCCGGCUACAGGAGAUUCGUGCCAAGAUCGAAGCCUUAACUGAGUACGGGGAAGGCGGCCUCGAACUCGAGGCGGAGUUGGCACGCCUUAAAGGAAUGGAGACGUCGGUGGAGAUUGACUAUGGCCUGGCUGUGGUGUCGGAUAACUCCCUUAGGGGUCUCGAUCUUCCCCAGGUCUCCGGGGAUUCGGUCAAUCAAGGACGUUUCGGAGAUUGA